CUUGGUUUUCAGAGUAAGCAAGCGGCACAGUAGCAGAGAAGCGGAGAAGAAGAGAACCCGGAGGAGAGGGAGAGAGAGAGAGAGAGACGCCAUGGCCGUGGGGGAGAAGCAGAUGCCUGGGAGGCGGCCGAGAACGUUGAAACCUAGCACCAUCCAUAGCUGCGCGCAGUUUGGUGAUCUUUCCGGUCUCCAGAAACGGUUGGAGGAGAAUCCUUCACUUCUCAAUGCCAAGAACGAUAUCAUGGUACAAACGCCGCUUCAUGUAGCAGCUGGCUAUAAUAAAGUUGAUAUCGUCAAGUAUUUGCUUGAGUGGAGAGGCCCUGAAAAGGUUGAUCUGGAAUCUAAGAACAUGUAUGGUGAGACACCUCUGCACAUGGCUGCAAAAAAUGGUUGCAGUGAAUCUGCUCGUCUGCUUCUCUCUAAUGGUGCUUCUUUAGAGGCAAAAGCUAAUAAUGGAAUGACACCUCUCCAUUUAGCUGUUUGGCAUGCACGACAAGCUCUCGAGUGUGGCAUUGUGAAAACAUUGUUAGAAUACAAUGCGGACUUUAGUGUAGAGGACAAUGAGGGUUUGACUCCCUUGAACCAUAUUUCUCAAGGGCAUUGUAGUGAUGAGUUGAGGGAACUUCUUGAUCAACACAUUAAAGAACAAUUAAAGAUCAAAGCGCUCAAAGCUUGUGAUGAGGCGAAAGCAAAGAUGGCCCAGUUUGAAGCUUCUUUGUCAAACAUUGUGGGACUUCAUUCACUUAAGUUGCAACUGCAUAAAUGGGCCAGGGGAAUGAUUUUGGAUGAGAAAAGAACAGCCUUGGGCUUGAGGAUUGCUGCAAGAAAAGUUCCUCAUAUGGCUUUUCUUGGUAAUCCUGGGACAGGUAAAACCAUGGUUGCUCGUGUUCUUGGCAAACUACUUCAUAUGGUUGGAAUUCUACCAACAGAUAAGGUGACCGAAGUGCAGAGAACUGAUUUGGUUGGAGAAUUUGUGGGCCAUACAGGACCAAAGACAAGGAAGAAGUUAAGAGAAGCAGAGGGAGGAAUACUUUUUGUCGAUGAGGCCUACAGGUUGAUACCAGCACAGAAAUCAGAUGACAAAGACUAUGGCUUAGAGGCUCUAGAAGAAAUUAUGUCUGUUAUGGAUAAUGGGAAGAUUGUGGUCGUAUUUGCUGGAUACUGCGAGCCAAUGAAGCGUGUGAUCGCAUCAAAUGAGGGCUUUUGCAGAAGAGUUACCAAGUUCUUUAACUUCGAUGACUUUACUACAGCUGAACUUGCUCAAAUUCUACACUUGAAAAUGAAUUUUCAAGAACCAAACAGUUCACUUUAUGGCUUCAAGCUUCACCCAUUGUGUACUGUAGAGGCAGUGGCUGAUCUUAUCUACAAAGGAACCACUGAGAAACAGCGCAAGGAGAUGAAUGGAGGCCUGAUUGAUCCAUUACUUGCCAAUGCUCGGGAGAAUUUGGAUCUCAGGCUAGAUUUUGACUGCUUUGAUGCUGAAAACCUCGUUACAAUCACCAUGGAAGAUUUGGAAGAAGGCCUUAGAACACUCUCUAAGUGAAAUAAACACGAUUAGCUUAGCAUAAUAUUCUUUUGGUUGUAAAAUUUUUGUUAAACAUGCAUGAAAUUAUUAUGCAAACACAUGUAAUUUUAGUAUGAUUAUUCUUUAUCAUUCUAUUACUAA